GAGUCAGAGUUCGCCAUUGUGGUUCUUCCAUGGAAGAGAACAGUAGUUACACAACUGAUGGCGACGGCGGCUCAACAGAAACUCCGCCAACCCCAACGGAAGGUAUGACCACCGUAUCUCAUCACUAUUUCGGAGAUUCAAAUGGCUCCGACGAUGCCGUCUCCAUCACAAUCAUCGAGAGCAUGAAAGAAGACUACGGCUUGUUCGUGUGGCCAUGUAGUGUUAUUCUAGCAGAGUACGUAUGGCAACAAAGAUCUCGAUUUACCGGAAUUCGCGUGGUUGAGCUUGGAGCUGGAACAUCACUUCCUGGCUUGAUUGCUGCAAAAGUAGGUGCACAUGUCAUUCUUACUGAUGACUCCAACAGACUAGAGGUUUUGGACAACAUGAGAAGAGUCUGUGAGCUUAAUAAUGUCAAGUGUGAGGUAAUGGGGCUUACAUGGGGUGUAUGGGAUGAAUCCAUCUUCAGUUUGCAACCACAAGUAAUCCUUGGAGCUGAUGUGUUAUAUGACUCAAGUGCCUUUGACAACCUCUUUGCAACUGUGAAAUUCCUUCUGGAGAAUGCACCUGGAUCAGUUUUUAUUACAAGUUAUCACAAUAGAAGUGGGCAUCACCUUAUUGAGUUCUUGAUGGUGAAAUGGCAAUUGAAAUGUGUGAAGCUUCUGGAUGGAUUUUCGUUCCUUCCUUCUUGGAAGGCUUCUGGUUUAAGUGGCAACAUUCAAUUGGUUGAAAUUCGAGUUUAGAUUGUUAAUCUAUUAAUCUUUCUGGUGUUUGUAUCUUCUAGAUUGUUUAUUGUGCAAAGUUCCAUACUACACAUUUCUAGGUUAGCUAAAAUGACAUAUCUGCAUUGAUUGGAAAUUUGGAAUCACAUUCUUUACAAUCCA